CCUUCACAAAGUCAUCAGUUAAACACACACCCCCCCCCCCCUCUCUCUCUCUCUCUCUCUCUCUAAAACUCUUCUCUGUGUUUCUUCAUCAAUGGAGGAAGCUCAAACUCAAACCCGAACACAAACCCAGCCACCCAAAUCCACAUUCAAGAGGAAACACAGAAAAAACCAGCUAAAACCCCGCAUGGGAAAUGCGGUGCAUGAAUCUUUAUCCAGCAUAAACUUCCUGCAGAGAGCUGUGGAGUCGACUCACGGAAGAAGCAGAAAACAGAGCAUGAAGAGUGAUAUGGUCAACGAUGUAAAGACUGCAAGUCGAGAGGAGGAGGACGGUGAGAAGGAGGAGGUGGAGAGGAAGAUUGAGGCAUUGCAGAGGAUUGUUCCCGGCUGUGAGUCGCGCGGGGUGGACGAGCUUUUUGAAGAGACUGCUGGGUACAUAAUGGCGUUGCAGGGUCAGCUCAAAGCCAUGAAAGAACUUGCCAGCUUUGUUGAAGGUUUGGAGAAGGAGAAGAGGAAGUUUGGUGGUUGAUUUGAUUAAUUAGUUUUUAAUUAAUUAAAUUAUGGGAUCUCUUUGCUGAUUGGGAGUUUGGAAGGUUAUUAAUUUGGUUCCAUGACAGACCAAUGAAAUCCUUUUUUUUCCUUAAAAUUUUCGGUUUUAUUUGCUGGGUUACUUGGGUAGCUUUUUUUUUUUUUUCUACUUGUUCUUUUUAACCUUUUCUUUCUUCUUUAUAAUGUUAAUUUUUUGAUAUUUUUGUAAUGGAUAGGAAAAGAUCAAGGUUCUCUAGUACUAAAGAAAUGAUAUAUAAUGCCCCUUUCUACAUGAAUGUUGGAAUUUUAUUUUUGCGGAGCGAUCAAGCGCUAACCAGUUGGUAAUGCAAUAUGACUCGAUCAUACUUUGCAGGAA